CUCCAUCAGAAUUUUACUGCAGUCUGACAGCGAUCUGGUGAAAGGAGAUGAGAGGAUACCGAGGCAUCAAGUACACUUUAUUCAUCUGCUGCUACGUCUUCUGGGUUGUGAGCGCCGUCCUCGCAGCGGUCGGUAUCUACGCCAAGAUUGCAAAAGAGAAAGAUGUGGUUGACACCCUGAUGUUCGAUCCAGCUCUGCUCCUGAUCGUCGUUGGCUCGGCAAUGUUUCUAAUCACAUUCCUCGGAUGUUUUGGGGCGCUGCGUAACGGCACCUGCCUGCUGAAGACGUUUCUGGGGAUCCUGACCGCCAUCUUCCUCCUGCAGAUCGCGGCUGGGGUCGUUGGAUACCUCUUCACUGACAUGGUGAUGGAGAGGACAGAGAGGCUGAUGAUGAAGGCAAUCGUCCGCUACAGGGAGGACCGGGAUCUGGAGAACGCCAUUGACUUCAUCCAGAAGAAGUUUCAGUGCUGCGGAGUCGAAAGCUAUAAGGACUGGUCCCAAAAUGUCUACUUUGAGUGUUUGCACACCAACCCCAGUCUGGAGGCCUGUGGAGUUCCCUUCUCCUGCUGCAUUCGCCAACAGAACCAGACGGUGCUGAACACCAUGUGUGGGUACGGGAUGCAGCAGCUGGAGGAGACGACGGCAGGUCUGGACGUCUUUACCAUUGGCUGCCUGGAGAAGAUCGCCCGGUGGGCCAAACACAACCUGCUGCUGGUGGCCGGUCUGACCGGCAGCCUGCUGCUGCUCGAGGUCUGUAUGAUCGGCCUGGCUGCGGCUCAAAUCUCCAAGAUAAAGAAAGUCCAGCACCUUGAGAAUGAAAAUGCUCCCGGAAGCCGGACUGGAAGAAAGGAAAACGACUGGUAUCCUGCUUUUGCAGACUUUGAUGAGCGUGGAGACGAAUAAUCUCAGACAGAUUUCUCUAAUCAGGUUCUUUCAUUCAUUCUGGGUCAGAUAAAAAUUAAAACAGCUGAAUGUUGAUCAAAUGGAGCAAGACAUGCUCAGUUCACUCUGAAUUUAUAGUUUCAAAUAUGAGCAGGCUGAACCGGUUUACGUCUUGCACCGGGACGCCUCAGAGGUGUGGGCGGUUGAACUACUACCUCGUGUCGUCUUUAUCAUAUUUCCUUCUUUUGUAAAAAGAUAUAUUUUUCUAUAAAAAAUUGUUGCUUGUAAACUUGUAAAUUCAUUUAAAUGUAACAACAUUUGUUGCGUUUCAGGCUGGUUUGUAGCGAUAACAUGUGAAAAAUGUGCCAGAAUUUAAAGGGAUCACACAAAAUAAUGUUGUAUAAUGUAUUGCUUCUGUCCAACUGGGAGAGGAAUCCUCCUCUGUUGCUCUCCUGAAGGUUUCUUCCAUUUUUUACCCCCCUAAAGUGUUUUUUUUGGAGUUUUUCCUGAUCUGAUGUGAGGUCCUGGGAAAGGGAUGUGUAUGUGUACAGAUUGUAAAGCACUCUGAGGCAAACAUUUGUAAUUUGUGAUUUUGGGCUGUACAAAAUAAACUGAAUGGAAUGAAUGCUA